AUGACGACCAGCCUUGGACGUCUUACGAAGGCCGUUGACGGCAUCAAACUCAUCGUCGACUAUAUCAAUGACUACCAACUUACCGAACAGGCACAAGUAAGAACCCCGCAGUAUCUCGUUCGAGCGGCCAUCAUCAAAGAGUUUGAGGCAGUAGCGGAGAACUUGAACCUUCCUUCGAGCGAUCCCAUCCGUCAAAGUCACCUUGAUUUCUAG